AGGGAGAAAGAGAGAAGUAAGUUGAAAAGGCCUCUCUUAAUGAGCGUGGUCUAGUGAGUGUAGGGUGUAAAGGUUGUGUAUGGUACUUCAGUGACAGCCCCAGGGUAGUUAAAGCAGAAAAACAUGGUCUGCAUCCCAAAUUGCAUGUCGGGGUAAAAGGGGACUUUGAGACGGCGUACCAAAUGGGCCCUGGUAAAAAGUAGGGCACUAUAUAGGGAAUAGGGUGCCAUUUGGGAUGUGCCCAUGCUAUCAGGAUGUUCCCACAGGCCUCUCAGAGCUCAAGUGUUGUAAUGGGGCUGGAUAAUACAACUCUUCAGUCUGCUGUGUUUUCUUCAGCUGGGCCGUCCGGUCUUUCAGGGUAUGAUGUGGAGCAGAAGGAGGACGGAGGUGAUACAGCCAAGAACCAGGGAGUUGGAGGCCCUGGGACAGGCAGGCUGCGUGGCUCCGUCAGUCUUCGUCAGAGGCCCAUUCCCAGAGUAACCUUCCAGGCCGGUGACCCAUAUUACAUUAGCAAGAGGACCAGGGAGGAGUGGCUGGCCAAGUGGAAGAUGGAGGCAGAGAAAAAAGCCCAACUGGUGUCAGUGUUGAACUUAAUGGAGGACCAUGAGGAGAUGGAGCCUGAGCCACAACAGAAAGAAGAGGUGUCAGUCAUCACACCCCACCAGCAACAACAACAACAGCAGCAGCCCACGGAACCAGCGUCCCCGACUGUGGCCACCACACCUGAACCUGUCCCCAUGGCAGGAGGGGACAAGACAUCCCCCAAGACUGCCGAUACUGAGCCGGAGUACGAGGACGGGCGGGAUUUCGGCAUUGGGGAGCUGGUGUGGGGGAAGCUGAGGGGGUUUUCCUGGUGGCCUGGUCGUAUUGUCUCCUGGUGGAUGACCGGACGCAGCCGAGCUGCCGAGGGGACACGAUGGGUCAUGUGGUUCGGUGACGGAAAAUUCUCAGUGGUGUGUGUAGAGAAACUGUUGCCUUUCAGUUCCUUCUCCAACGCCUUCCAUCAGCCGACCUUCAUCAAGCAGCCCAUGUAUAAGAAAGCCAUCUACGAGGUGCUACAGAUGGCUAGCACCCGUGCAGGCAAAACCUUCCUUGCCUGUCCAGAGAGCGAUGAGACAGACACCUCCAAGUCAGUGGAUCUACACAACAACCAGAUGAUAGAUUGGGCUGUGACAGGCUUCCAACCCACCGGGCCCAAGGGCCUAGAGCCACCAGAAGAGGAGCGUAACCCAUAUAAGGAGGUGUACCCUGACGUCUGGGUGGAGCCAGAGGCGGCAGCCUACACACCCCCUCCAGCCAAAAAGCCUCGCAAAAGCACAGCAGCCGAGAAACCCAAGGUCAAGGAGAUGAUUGACGAGGGGACGAGAGAGAGACUCGUGUAUGAAGUGAGACAGAAGUGCAGAAGCAUAGAGGACAUCUGCAUCUCCUGUGGAAGUUUGAAUGUUUCCCGUGAACACCCUCUGUUUGCUGGAGGAAUGUGCCAGAGCUGUAAGAACUGCUUUCUAGAAUGUGCAUAUCAGUAUGACGACGAUGGUUACCAGUCAUACUGCACCAUCUGCUGUGGGGGACGAGAGGUUCUCAUGUGUGGGAACAACAACUGCUGCAGGUGUUUCUGUGUGGAGUGUGUUGACCUACUGGUGGGGCCAGGCGCAGCACAGAUAGCUAUUAAAGAGGAUCCCUGGUGCUGCUACAUGUGUGAGAAGGGCCAGAAGGGAGUGUUCGGCCUGCUGGAGCGUCACACUGAUUGGCCCUGCCGUCUACAGCAUUUCUUCGCUAACAAUCACGACCAAGAUUUUGAACAACCAAAGCUUUACCCUCCAGUCAUGGCAGAGAAGAGACAACCUAUUCGUGUCCUGUCACUGUUCGACGGCAUAGCAACAGGUCUGCUGGUGCUAAAGGAGCUGGGUAUCCAGGUGGAGCGCUACGUGGCAUCGGAGGUGUGUGAGGACUCUAUCACGGUGGGCAUCGUCAGGCAUCAGGGACGCAUCAUGUACGUGGGCGACGUGAGGAACGUCACACGCAAACAUUUACACGAGUGGGGCCCCUUUGACUUAGUGAUUGGUGGAAGUCCGUGUAACGACCUCUCUAUUGUCAACCCAGCUAGGAAGGGUCUUUAUGAGGGCACUGGUCGGCUGUUCUUUGAGUUCUACCGCCUGCUGCACGAGGCUCGGCCCAAAGAGGGCGACAACCGGCCGUUCUUCUGGCUCUUUGAAAACGUGGUGGCAAUGGGCGUCAGUGACAAGAGGGACAUCUCUCGCUUUCUAGAGUGUAACCCGGUGAUGAUCGAUGCCAAGGAGGUGACUGCUGCCCACCGUGCUCGCUACUUCUGGGGCAACCUGCCUGGCAUGAACAGGUUGGUGAGAGAACGACCCUUGAUGGCCAUGUUCACUGACAGACUAGACCUUCAGGACUGUUUGGAGCACGGCAGAACAGCAAAGUUUGGCAAAGUGAGGACCAUCACCACUCGCUCUAAUUCCAUUAAGCAGGGUAAAGACCAGCACUUUCCCGUCUUCAUGAACGAGAAGGAGGACAUUCUUUGGUGCACUGAGAUGGAGAGGGUGUUUGGCUUCCCAGUCCAUUACACAGACGUGUCCAACAUGAGUCGGCUGGCCAGGCAAAGGCUUCUGGGAAGGUCGUGGAGUGUACCGGUCAUCCGACACUUGUUUGCACCACUCAAAGAAUAUUUUGCCUGCGUUUAACAAGAUUAGGCUCAACAAGACCACCUGAUUUUAACAAGAUUUUGGCUCAACAAGACCACCUGCGUUUAACAAGGCUUGACUUAACUAGACCAUCACAAACAUAGAACUGAUGUUGUUGCUAGAAACUUGAGCAUUGAUGAAAUUAUACUACUCCCUGGUACCUGCUAUCAUUUCCCAGGCAAGCAAAACAUCAUGAAAGUAAAUAUUUCAAAUUAUUUCUUGUAAUUUGAAAUGUACUUCUUAUUCUAUUUAAUAUGUAUAUGUAAUUUUACCUUUUAGCAGUGUUAUCCAGUAUUUUUUAAAUUGAUUUAUUUGUGCAAGCUAUACUUGAGACAAGGCUUUCUUCUCAAGGCACUGAGAAAGAAGAAACUAGGAUCUGUGUGGUUUUUAGAAUAAGGACUAGGGUUGGAUGAUUGGAAAAGAUCUGAAAGAGAGUUGAUAAUACUGUAUGUACAGUAUGUAUGUGAAAGAUAUUGGCUGUGUAGGCAUGAUUUUCUAUUGGCCAAUAUCUGAAGUGGCUAAAGCAAGCCACCGAUAGUAUAGUCAUGUUGAGUUUUGCUUCCUCCAGCUACUGAGCCUCGCAGAGCUAAAGUGAAUAAGGGUGAUUGUCGUCAGUGUCGUAGAAAGCUGUGUCUUAACGAAUCCAAAACAUCAGAUCACAUAUACCUCUUUGUUUAAAGUUUAUAUACACAGUUAACUGAAGGUUAAGGUACUACUGUAAAAUGGUUACAAUACCAUGGUGCUUCACGACGAUAGGAAGCAUCACAGGUCAUGUGGCACAGGCACUACACUUUAGACAAGAUGGGAAUUUAAAAAAACAUUUCCUGGAAAGUUUGUUUCCAGUGUAAUGUUUUCACUAUUUAAAGAAGUUUUGUGUUAUUUUAGUAAAUUUAAAUGAUUUCAAAGUGGCGAUUAAAGGUGUGAUGACAGAAGACUGCAGAAUAAUAUGCCAUAUCCUCCUCUUUUCUGUUUUACAGCUUUUAUAAACAUCAAUUGUACUGGUGUUUUUUUCCCAUAAUUGUUCAAGCCUUUGCUACAUGUAAACUCAGGCCCCCCAUGCAUGCCUGUGUCUGACUCUGCACAAACACAACAUGAAGCUAGCCACAUGGGCGGUGAUGCAUUCUGUCGUUACAACAACAACAAAAUACCUUAAGAUCAAAGUCUGUGGUGAACUACUUUUUUCUAAUGUCAUUACUGUACAACUGUUAGUGAGCAUGGUGGUUGGACUGGAGGGAGGGCGGGUGGCCUGGGGUUUCCACAAUAAACUAAAGACUCUAUCCUUCCCUUUUUCACCCCUGCAAACUACAUACUGUCAGGUGCAAAUCUUCUAACAAAAUGGUGCGGCUUCACGAUGUUCUUCUACCUUUUUAUAGCAAUUUUGUGCUGUUUUACCAACAUAAAGCACUUUUUAUAUGUAUACCUUUUUUUUCUUCAAUAUUUUAAAAUGUUUCUUCUUGGUUUUUCUUGUGAAAUGUUAUGUUUUUAUGAUGUGAACUGUUCUACAGCUGUGUAAUACAGUAUGUUUUCUAUACAGUAGGGCUGUGCCAAUAGAAGUGGAAGAAUGGACUCAUAGAAUUAUGUUAAAUCCAUGUAUCCAUGGAAAUGAUUGAUUAUUGAUCCUACUCAAUGUACAGUAGAUUCAUAGAAAAUGAUUGAUGUGCUCCAUUUUCAUAUUGUCUUCUGUUGAAAGCCGUAAUUCAGUAUGUCAUUCUAUGGAUAAAAAAAGAAUGUGUCUAUUUCUACUAACAUUGUAGAAUUUAAAACAGAGUUAAGGAACUAUGUUAUAUAUGUUUGUAACGCUACCUUCCCAAAUGAAUACCAGACCGCAGAUGCAAUGUCCUCUGCACUUUCCUCUUGUAGACCUCAAAUAAUUAGAAAAAGCGAGAGUGAUAGAGACAGAUUUUCAAACUUAUUACAGGGCCGGCUCCAGGCAUAAGCGUUUUUUUUCUUCUAGGAACUCAGUCGGGUUCUGAACUUACUAUUGAGAGUAAAAAUAGUACAAUACACCAAUUUUGAAAUUUGGUUGGGCAUCAUAAGGCAGUUUUUCUUUUGUUAUGUCAGUCACUGACAGUCACUCAAUUGGCCAUGUCAGCUAACAAUUUUUAGAUUGGUAGUUAGUCUAGCCUGCUAUCUAAACUUGUAGUAGUCAUGGCCAAAUACUGACCGGGCAAGCAGGGCACGUGCCUAAGGCCCUGACCUCAAGGGUGGUUAUUUAUUCUCACUCUAAAUCAUGGCAAAAUGGAUAGAAUUGCAGGAAAUGUGUGAUGAAAUUGCAAAAAGAAUUCUCUGUCCAAUGGCAAAAUGUGUAGAAUUGCAGAAAACUUGAUUUAAAACUGCAACAUUUUCUCUACGCCCCAUGGCAAGAUGUGUAGAAUUGCUGGGAAUUCAUUUUUAAACUUGUGGACGAUUUAGAAAUUCGUUUUUCAGAACUCAAAACUGAAGAGUGAACGGUGACCAGAAAAAUACAGUAGCAGAGAUUCUGACUUACCAAUGUUCUAUCUAAAUAUUCAAAAUGACUUCAUUUCAUAAAUGUAGUUUCAUACAUGAUUAAGUUCUUAAGUGACCUUAUCGUAUCCUUUCCACCUUUUUAGUUGAACUUCGGACAUUGGGUUUGCAGGAAUCCUUAUGCGUUGUGUUGACAUUGAUGUUAAUUCCCUUUCCCUAUAGUAAAUGACCAUGCCCCUUGUACAGUUUGUACAUAGAGUUUUCCUGUCACUGUUUUUGGUUUGUUUGUCUCUUUUUGAAUUACCUAUGAGAUGUACAAAUAUAAUUCUUUGCUAAUAUAUAUCAUGGAAUUAGAAGAAAAAAAAGAUUAGGUGAAAAAAUAAAAAUAAAAUUAAGGAAAAUAGUUUUUUUUUUAAAUAUCAAAAUAAGCUAUGAAGCAUUAGAGGGUCGACUCCAAGUGUUGCCUUCUACUGCUGUUCAUUUGUUUUGUUGAGUCCUGAGUGAAUCCAGUUUAAAUGUGUCAAGUGAUCUUUAGCCUAAUAAUGACAGCUUUAAGAUGCAACGUUCUCUACUUCACUGCACAGCCCUACAUAUUGUUGGUUGGUUUUGCCUUUUGUUUCUUUUUAUAAGAACUAUAAAGAGGGAUUGUAGGUGUUUCUGACGGUGCUAAACAUUUUAUCUAAUCAAGAAAAAAUAUAUUUGUUUUGGAAGAGAAAUAAAACUUGUCUUGACAAUGACUGUUUUUAACUUCCUUGUAGUAAUGAUGGAAAAGCACCAUUAUUUCACUCUCAUAGGAUGCAUAUAUUAACAAAUACAUUUGAACUUUGGACUUGAAAAAAUUCUAAAUAAUAAAUAAUAAUGAGUUUCCUAUAUUGUUUUAGACUAGAAAAUGCUGUAGUUGGUUGGUGCUUAUCUGUUGGAAAAAACAUUUACUCCGUAAUGGGAAACAACAAAAAAAUAAAAGCAUUUCAGUAAUAACGUUUACUGUAGCAUAAUGUAUGUGUAAAACCUGGCAUUCGCUUUGCUUCUUAAUCCUACAUUCCGUGCCAUAAUAUUCUGUCCUCCAUGUCUUGUUUUCGAUGGUCAUUUUUGUUGUUAUUGGCAAAUUCUAUGUCCCAAAUAGCACCCAUAUUCUCUAUAUAGUGCACUACACUACAUUGGCCACUAGUAAAAAAAAGUAGUGCGCUAUAUAGGGAAUAAGGUGCCAUUUAGGAUUCUUUCCCACGACAUUUCAUUGUUCCGAUGCAUCAGACAGGUCAGUCUGUGUGACUUUCUUUUUGUGUCAUAUUAUUUGUUUUUUGGCCUAUGUUCUUCGUCUUUAAGAUGAUCAGUGCAUACAGCAAAUGUAGCAGUCAUUCUCCACCCUUUACCCAUUACUUAUGUUUUAGUGCCCAGAAAUAAGAAAACGGCUCCUUAUGUAUUUGUGCUGGAGAACACUUGAAUAAAUGUAUUGUUUUUGUGCAAAAAUA